CUAACAGUGUUUUUGGGAUAUUUAUUAAAUAUUUGAGCAAAUAAAAAGAAGUAGUAAUAAAAUAGUGACAAAUCAUAUAAGUUCAAUUCAUCAAGAAUUGGAUUGGUUGACAAGGUUUUCAAAUUAAAUAUAUUUUAAGGAAAUAUAAAUCACUUUUUCCCCAAUACAUAAAUACACGUGUGUUUAAGAUAACAUAAGAUCAUAUAGUUUAGCACUUUGCCACAUUUUUUAAUAUCUCUACGCAUGUAUCUCUCUCAAAGUUGGAAAACACACAGUUUUAAACCACGAUGCAAAUGAAACACACUGGUAACCAGUAUUUUCACCUUUAUGAUGACAUUCGAUUUUCUAGUUUGCUACUGUAAAAACUGGCUACACUCAAGAACCAACGAAGAGAACUCAAUAUUCCUCAACAUCAAGUGAAGCCAGUGAAUGUAUUCACUGCAUUAUGGAAGCAUGAGUCACUUAAAUUAUCCCACUGUUCACAUAUUUCUCAUGUACAUAUCUCAUUAUAUACUACUGUACACUUAUCUGUGUAUAUUACUCACAUUUCAAAUUAAUUGUGAUACACUAAGUCAAUCGAACCUGAAAGAACUACACUAUUUUAUCAAUGAAGAAUCAGAAAUUGGAUCAUAUAUCGGGAAUUUAAAAUUGGAUUCAGAGAGAAAAUUUUUUAUAACAUCUAAUGAUCAAGAGAGGAAUGAGGGUGGGUUAAACACGCCCACCUUUGAGUUAUACGAUGAUACUAAUAAAAAUUUAUUUCGUAUUGAAGAAACCUCUGGAAAGUUAUUUGUUGCUUCACGUAUUGAUCGUGAAACAAUUUGCCCACAACCGGAUAUAAUAUCUGAUGGACUAGAUCGGAUCACAUCAUCAUCAUCGAAUGAUCCAUUGUCAGCAUCCUCACUGUCUUCUUCUUCCUCUUCCCGCAGCUCAUCGUCUUCUUCAUCAUCGACAGAAGAGUGUCAAGUUCAUUUAACAGUCUGCAUUUCACGUGUUCACUGGAUUAAUGUAAUUAUCACAAUACAUGAUAUCAAUGAUCAUACACCCUACUUUCCAAUAACCCCUUCAGUCAACACUAGUGAACUAGAAAAUUUAACCUAUAUUGUAAAUGUCUCUGAAUCUGUUAGUUCCGGUUAUGAAAUCCCACUGAUUUUAGCUAAAGAUCCAGACGAAGGUAUGAAUUCAGUUCAAUCGUAUUCUCUACGUGGCAGUGAAUUCGAUGACACUUCCCUAUUUUCAUUAUCAUACAGACCACCGUAUAGCUUAAAUCUUAUCAUCUUAGGGGAAUUAGACGCUGAGCUCAAGAAUCUCUACACUGGUGAGCUAAUCGCUUGUGAUGGUGGUCAGAUAAUGCCAAAAUGCUGUAAUCAACCAUUUCAGCUACAUGUCACAGAUGUUAAUGAUAACAAGCCAACCUUUAAUCAAUCUGUUUAUGAUAUUGAAAUACCCGAGGAUUUGUCAAUUAACUCAACAGUCAUCCAGCUGACAGCAACUGAUAAAGACUCUAGCCAGAAUAGUCAAUUGUCAUAUAAAUUUGGACGACCAUUAAGUCAGGCAUCACAAGAACACUUUACCAUUGAUAAGAAUUCUGGAGAGAUUAUUUUGAAGGCAGUUUUAAAUGCUAAAGAGAGCGCUGUAUUCCUUUUACCUGUUCUAGCCUACGACAGUGGUUCUGUACCACUUGUAGGUCAGGCAAUGGUUCGUAUUACAGUUAGAGACACAAAUGAUCAUGACCCAUGGAUUGAAAUCAGGCCAAACUAUGGGAUUCAUGAGGCUAAUUUACAAAAAUCACAAGUUAACAACAGUCAAGGUAAGCCAAAUUCAAAUACUACUGAAGUUAAACUGUCAUUAAAUGAGAAUCAACCUGCAGGAACAAAUAUCGGUCUGGUAAUCUCUGGAGAUGAAGAUAUCGGUGAUAACAGUGUGGUAACAUGUGCGCUUAAAAUGAACAACAACAACAAUAAUGACUUCAUUCUUGAACAUGCCAACUCUGCAAAAGGACGAGAAAUUUAUCGUUUAAGUACAAAUAAAUCGUUUGACCGGGAAACAGUUACCAAUGGGAUUGUCACAAUUAUCGUCAUGUGUAAAGACAAUGGUAAACCCAGUAGAACAACUGAACAGAAGAUAUCACUCAGUAUUAUUGAUGUAAAUGAAUUUAGACCUGAAUUUCCUAAAAGUAAACGAUUUAUUGAGCACACAAUGCCAGAAGAUGAACCUUUAGAGACUGUUGUUCUAAAAGUUCAAGCUACAGAUGCAGACGCUACACCAGAAAUACAAUAUCAUAUGUCACGUGAAGCACAAUCAUAUUUCCACAUUGAUCCUGAUACCGGUAUUAUAACAACAAGAGCUGUAUUGGAUAGGGAAACAAUGCCGCAGAUCAGAUUUCUUGUCUACGCCACAGAUAAUUAUUCAUCAGAACCUAUUCAAGAUAAUCCAGCUGCCAUUGCAAAUGUCACUGUUCAUCUAACUGAUAAAAAUGAUAACAGUCCAGAGUUGAUUGGCACUAAAACAUUUCAAAUAGUUGAAAAUCGUCCAGGUUUCUCUGAUUUAGUUGGCCAACUUACUUCGAUUGAUCAAGAUGUUGGAAAUAAUGGAACAGUACGCUACAAACUAUUAUCGAUUAGUAAUAGUAAAAAUAAUAAAGUUUCUAAUGAAUUAUUCAUGGUCAACAGUGAGUCCGGUAAAAUAUUCGCAACUAAGAAACUUGACAGAGAGGAGAAUAGUCAUUAUGAUUUAACCAUAUUAUUAUAUGAUCUGGGGACACCAGUUCAACGGAGUUCAACAGCAACAAUAGUCAUCAAUGUGAUGGAUGAGAAUGAUAACAGUCCUCAGUGGGGUAAUGUUCUACAGAUCUCAUCAAGAUCUGAAUCACAAGAACAAACAGAUCUCUUCAAAAGGCCACAUAUAAUAGGUUUAGGUAAGGUAACUGAUUUAGGUGUCAUGAAUUUAACUGCACCGAUUUAUCGUGGACAACAAAUACUCAUUUUACUAGCUAAAGAUCCUGAUGACAGUCACAAUGCAAAUUUAACAUUUCAUCUUAUCCAUGUACAACGCCUAAACGGUGAUUACUCAGUCAGCAGAGAUAAACUUCAGUAUGACAGUAAAAUGCAUCCCUUAAACUCGUAUCCUUCAGUGAAUUCACCUUAUUUUGCGGUGGUCUCAAAAACUGGUGAACUCAUUGCUGGUCCAGGACUUAAGGGCAUUGGGCUAACAGAAAGUGGAAUUUAUGAAUUAUAUGUACGUGUAUCCGAUAAUGGCAAUCCACCGAUGGAUUCCAGUGCCCGUUUAUUUCUUCAAGUUCAUGAAUCAUUAAGUUCAGUAUAUGGUGAUAAAUUUGGUGAGAAAGGAUUUCUUGGAUAUAUACUAGCCAAUGGGCAUUUAGGUACUAUGCUAAUUGUUAUACUACUAUUAAUUAUGUGCCUUACUUCAAUAUGCCUUAUUAUUGCAUUCAUUUCAAUUCGAAGAAGAUCAUCUCAACGUCAAAGACAACAGCAACAACAUCUAUCUUCAUCUAAUCGUAAGGCGUCAAAAUCUAGUAGAAAUGCAUUUCCAUUACAGCUAAACGAUGAAUUAAUUAUGAAAGAAAAUAUGACUUUAGACGGUACAAUUGGUAAUUACGGAAAAUUGUAUCAUUCACCAAUUUUGAAUGCUAUCUGUGUUGGUGAUGGAGAAAGUCUGUAUAAAUGGAAUCCAGAAUGUGGAUAUACUGUUGGGAAUUUUGGACCACCACCAAUUUACAACUUUUGUGCAUUGAAUGCUACAACACUUGACAGAAUGCGAUCUAGUCGUACAGAUAGUGAUAAGAGUAGUUCAGCUUUAAUAUCGACUGAGUUUCCAUGUCCACCGAAUCAUUUCACUGAAGAACGGACAGUAGACAAUGAGGAGUUAAUUAUGCCGUAUGCAUUUAAAUCUCCAUUAAGAAAUAUACCUAAAACUGAUGCAAUAGGCAAUAAUACAAAUGGUGUUAAUAAUUUCACUGAGAAAUGCUUUGUUCAUACUACAAAUCAAUCUGAAUUGAAUGAGCAACUUCGUAUGAAUGUCACAGUCUCAGAGAUCGAUGGAGGGAGUGCAGAUUCUGGACAAGGUGCAAGUGAAGAAGAACCAGUUAAUCAAGAAUUAUCAAAAUUAAGAUCGAAAUACGCUCGUCCAUACAAUUCCAAAGAACUUCUACUGAACAAAACUCAAUGCAGUCCAAUACCUUCAUCAAACGACUGCUUAAUCGACAGUCCAUCAAGAAACAAAGCAAAUUAUUAUCCAACAGCUGAUACAAAUCCCGGCACACAGACAAUUCUACCAUCAAUGAAUACAUUUACAAAUCAAAGACCAUCACUGAGCAAACCAUUCACUAUAGCAUUUCAUAAUGUCAGCUCAAUAGAUUCACAGCGUCAAUCAUCCUCACCGACAAUCACUGACAGCUUUCAACCAAGAUGGCGUAAACCACUGUUCAGCAAUACAGAUCUAGGUCAUCAAAAUCAUCUAUUUGAUGAAUUUCCACUGAGAAAGAUCUCCGUCGACAAUAAACACUCUUCAACACUACCGCUCGGCGUCAAAGUAUCAAUGAUAAAUCAUCCUGCCAAGUAUUCUGAUGAUAUGGAGACAAAUUUUAGACACGACGGUAUGCUUACCAAUUCACAUGUUAUUAUGAAACAGUGAGAGGCACUUCUUUCUCUGCAUCAUUGUAAUUUCUAUAUCCGAAGAACCACACCCUUUAGAACUUGCUGUCAUAUAGCAACAAAAAACAAACAAUAAUUAUAUAUCCCUGUGGAUUCCUAUUAUUACUAUUAUUAUUAUUAUCUUAAAUAGAAUGUAUAUUAAUUAGGUGGUUUUCUGUGUUCAGUAUUGCCAUGAUUGCCAUCAUUAGAAAAAACAACAGUGCAUAAUUAUACAUUCCACUAAUUGAUGACAAAUUCCCACUUUACUUCAUUUUACAAAAAAUAAAAGAAAAACAUAAUUUGACCAACAAAAAUACUUUGCUUUUGACGGUUAAUUUUUCUAAAGACCUUUUAUUUCUACUCAACAAAUUUUUUAAAAUGAAAAAAUAUUGUGCAAUACAAUCAACAUAGCUGAUGAAUAGUUGUCUUAACUCUGUAUUCAUUCCAUAAUUCAGCGUCUGAAAUCAUUUUUUGCUGAUGUUGUUGUCGUUGAAAGAAUUUCUCCUGCUUGUGUUUUCUUUUUUUGGAUGCAUUUAUAAGGCACGAAGAAGAAGACUUCUGCUGUCUGUUUGUAUACCUCUCUGAAUUCUCUUUUCUUCUUCCUUUACUUUUUCUUCUGGU